AUGUUUCACCUUGAAACAAAGAGAUUGUUAUGGCUUAUUGGCAUAACUUUUUCAGUGAUCUUAGCUUUUCAGUAUCUUGAACUUCCAUAUGGCAAUGUUCUUCUCUCUCUAUUCUCUUCUGACAAAGUACCAACAUCAGAAAAUACCAACAAGACUAUUGUUAACAAUGUGACGAUUUUCGAUCAAGAAAAUUCGACCCAUGAACUCGCCAUCGAGAAAGCUAAUGCAAUAACUGGUUUUGUCUUGGAACCAGAAUUGCCACAAAACAAAUCUCAAGCAUUUGAUGAGUCUAACAAAAGUUUCAUUGAUCCAGGUUUUGGUUCUACAACAAAUGUGAGUCCAAAUAUAACAACUGCAGUGUUAUCAAAUGAUGAUAACAUGUUACAAUCUCUGAAAGACAAUGUAACUAAUGCUAUAAAGAAAGAGAGUUUUAGGCCAUCACCACCAGAAGCAAAAGUUCUGGUGAGUUCAAAUGUACAAAGCAAAAGUUCUUCUAUCAGCAAUGUGCCUAAUCAGAAACAAGAAUUUCAUAAACCUGUUUCAGAAGUCACAACAGUUUCUGAAAUGAACAAGUUAUUGAUUCAAAGCCACGCGUCGUAUCGAAUAAUGAAACCAAGGUGGUUUUCAAAUGUUGAUCAAGAGUUAGUGCAGGCAAGAUCAGAGAUUGAAAAUGCACCAAUUGUAAAGAAUGAUCCAAAACUUUAUGGUCCAAUUUAUCAUAAUGUUUCAAUGUUCAAGAGGAGCUAUGAACUAAUGGAAGAGAGACUCAAAGUGUAUGUAUACAAAGAAGGAGCUAGGCCUAUACUGCAUUCACCAUUUCUCACAGGAAUCUAUGCUUCUGAAGGGUGGUUCAUGAAGCUGAUGGAAGCUAAUAAAAGAUUUGUAACAAAAAAUCCAAAGAAGGCUCAUCUGUUUUACUUACCUUUCAGUUCUAGGAUGCUAGAGGAAGCUUUGUAUGUAAAGGAUUCACAUAGCCACAAGAAUCUGAUUCAAUAUCUACACGAUUAUGUUGACCUGAUAGCGGCGAGACAUUCUUUCUGGAAUAGAACUGGAGGUGCUGAUCAUUUUCUUGUUGGUUGCCAUGAUUGGGCCCCAUCAGAAACAAACUUGCGCUUGGCGACCUGCAUAAGGUCCCUCUGCAAUGCCGAUGUAAAAGAAGGAUUUUUCUUCGGCAAAGACGCGUCUCUUCCAGAAACAUACGUCCGAAACGCUCAAAACCCAACAAGGGAUCUCGGAGGCAACACAUUUUCAAAAAAGACAACACUAGCCUUCUUCGCAGGGAGCAUGCACGGUUACGUGAGACCAAUUCUACUAAAGCACUGGGAAAACAAAGACCCCGACAUGAAAAUCUUCGGAAAGUUGCCAAAAUCUAAAGGAAACAGCAACUACAUUCAGUACAUGAAGAGUAGCAAGUACUGUAUUUGUGCAAGAGGGUAUGAAGUGAAUAGUCCAAGAGUUGUGGAAGCUAUUUUCUACGAAUGUGUUCCGGUUAUCAUAUCGGAUAAUUUUGUGCCGCCGUUUUUUGAGGUUUUGGAUUGGGAGUCGUUUACUGUUGUGGUUUUGGAGAAGGAUAUUCCGAAUUUGAAAAAUAUACUGGUUUCGAUUCCCGAAAAGAGGUAUCUUAGAUUGCUUAUGAGAGUAAAAAAGGUACAGAAGCAUUUCUUGUGGCACAAGAAUCCUGUUAAGUAUGAUAUAUUUCAUAUGAUCCUUCAUUCUAUUUGGUAUAAUAGAGUCUUCUCUGCUAUUAGCUAG